GACGCUACACGGUUCGUUCCCUUCGCAUAAAUAACGUCGUUUCAUUCCUCCUCCGUUGUUUUUUUCGUUCUUCUUCGUCAGCCUCUUGGCUUUCUCCUUUUUCCCUCUUCGACCUCACUUCUUAUGCUCACACAAUCGAUUACGUUCGAGAUUAGUUGCUAACUUUACUCAGUUGCAGCUGAGAAUAGAUAGAGAACGAUGUUUGGUUCUCCCAACCCUUUUGGGCAACCAUCUACUAGCCCUUUUGCAUCUCAACCAGUUUUUGGGCAAACUGCCAACGCAAGUAAUAAUCCUUUUGCACCAAAGCCUUUCGGCAGUACAUCCCCAUUUGGCUCACAGACAGGAAAUACAGUAUUUGGUGGUACAUCAACAGGAGUAUUUGGGGCAGCCCAGUCUUCUUCUCCCUUUCCUUCCACCACAACAUUUGGCGGUUCAUCAUCACCAGCUUUUGGAGCUACUCCAUCCACUUUUGGAUCGUCAUCAACUCCUGCAUUUGGUAGUUCAUCAUCUUCUUCAUUUGGAGGUUCUUCCAUUUUUGGGCAGAAACCACUGUUCGGAGGCUUUGGGUCUACUCCUGCCCAAACAAAUCCGUUUGGAAGUACCAACCAGCAAUCUCAGCCAGCAUUCGGAAGCAAUGUCUUUGGUUCUUCAUCACCUUUUGGUGCCCCUAGCCAGUCUGCAUUUGGAGCUACUAGCACUCCUGCCUUUGGUGCUACAAGCACCCCUGCCUUUGGUGCCACGAGCACCCCUGCCUUUGGUGCCGCGAGCACCCCUGCAUUUGGUGCCACAAGCACUCCAGCAUUUGGUGCCACGAGCACCCCAGCCUUUGGCGCGACAAGCACCCCAGCCUUUGGUGCAGCAAGCACCCCUGCCUUUGGUGCUACAAGCAGUCCUGCCUUCGGUUCAACAAGCACACCUGCUUUUGGUAGUACUGGGAAUGCAUUUGGUUCGCUAAGCACCCCUGUUUUUGGAUCUGGAGGUGGAUUUGGUGCUUCUAGUACUCCUGCUUUUGGAGCUUCAAGUACUCCUGCUUUUGGGGCUUCCAGUGCUCCUGCUUUUGGAGCUUCUAGCACUCCAUCCUUUAGCUUUGGGUCUACUCCAGCUUUUGGGCAAUCUACUUCUGGAUUUGGUAGUAGUACUUUUGGUACCAAUACAUCUCCUUUUGGUGCCCAAAGUUCUCCUUUUGGAGCACAAUCUACAUCUACAUUUGGAACCAGCGGUUUUGGGCAAGCUGGUUUUGGUGGUCAGCGAGGUGGCAGUAGAGUCACUCCUUAUGCACCAACACCUGAGCCAGAUCCUGGAAGUGGCAGUACGCAAGCAGCUGGAAAGUUGGAGUCUAUAUCAGCCAUGCCUGUCUACAAAGAUAAAAGUCACGAAGAGUUGAGAUGGGAGGAUUAUCAAUUGGGGGACAAAGGUGGACCUCUUCCAGCUGGUCAAUCUGCUAGUGGUGUUGGCUUUGGUGUUUCUGGUGGACAGCCUAACCCUGUAGCUUCUUCCACGUUUAGUCAAUCAAGUCCGAAUCCUUUUUCUACAUCUACACAAACCAAUCCAUUUGCCCCUAAACCUUCUGGUUUUGGUACUUUUGGACCUUCAACAACGUUUUCAUUUAAUUCUUCGGCAUUUGCUCCUUCCACUCCGUCAAACCCCUUUGCAUCGACAACAGCAGCAUCAACAUCAGCUUUUUUAUCAUCAACAACCUCUCAGUUUGGCAGCUCAUCUUUAUUCAGUUCAUCUAACACUCAAUCCCUUGCUUCACAAUCUGCUUUUAGUUCAACUACAUCUCCAGGAACAAAUCUUACAUUUCCUUCCAGCUUAAAUUUUGGUAACACUCAAUCAUCUUCGCUCUUCCAAUCCACAACACCUGCAAUUGGGCAGACAGGUUCAGCCUUUGGCGCUCCCUUUUCACAAUCCAGCUUGUUUAGUCAACCUUCGUCUGGGGUUGGUGGGAAUCUUUUCUCUAGCUCGCCAUCACUCUUAACUUCAAGCAAUCCAAUGGGUUUUGGUCAAACAUCUGCCCCUUUCUCCAUGCCUUUUCAACCAGCACAACAACAGGCACCCACUUCCUUCUUUAGCAACUUGGGUCAGGCUCAACCAAUUGGUUCAAGUGGUUUUGCAGGAACUUCAAGCAUUUUUGGCCAGAGUAAUUUUGGACAAUCGCCUAUCACCCAGACCCCUGCAGUACAACCAGCACCUGCUACCAAUCCAUUUGGGACACUCCCUGCAAUGCCACAGAUGUCAAUUAGUAGACCAGGAGCAGCACCUUCUAUUCAAUAUGGAAUUUCCAGCAUGCCGGUUGUUGAUAAAGCGGCUCCAGUCAGAAUAUCAUCUUUCUUGACGCCUCGCCACCUAUCUCACAGACGGAUGAGAUUGCCUGUGAGAAAAUAUAAUCCUAAGAAUGAUGGCAGUCCAAGGGUUCCAUUUUUCAGUGAUGAUGAAGAAACACCUAGCACUCCAAAGGCCGAUGCUCUUUUUAUUCCCAGAGAGAAUCCUAGAGCAUUGGUUAUUCGUCCCACGGAUCAGUGGCCUUCAAAAGCCAAUUUAGAUAAAAGUUUGCCAUCGAAGGACACCUCAGUGCGUGAAAAUGGGAAGAUUGCUGAACGUACUUCCUCGGCCGUCAACAAUUUGAAGGAUACCAAUGGAAAUGUUGUUGAGAAUGGUAUUAACAAAGAAAGCAUCCAUCUCAACAAAGUUAACCAAAAACCCAAUGGGGUCCAUGAGGAUCACUCUGCUCCAAAGGAGGAGUUGUAUAGGACAUUUGCAGGGCACAGAGCUGGUGAGGCUGCCAUUGUUUAUGAACAUGGGGCAGAUAUUGAGGCAUUAAUGCCAAAGCUUCGGCAUUCAGACUAUUAUACCGAGCCAAAGAUUCAAGAAUUAGCUGCCAAAGAAAGGGCCGAACCUGGGUUUUGCCGCCAUGUUAAAGAUUUUGUGGUGGGUCGCCAUGGUUAUGGAAGCAUUAAAUUCUUUGGUGAAACAGACGUGCGAAGGCUCGAUCUAGAGUCCAUUGUUCAGUUUAACAAUCGUGAGGUGAUUGUUUACCUCGAUGAGAGUAAAAAACCUCCUUGUGGGCAAGGUCUGAAUAAGCCUGCUGAAGUAACAAUACUCAACAUCAAAUGUGUAGACAAGCAAACUGGGCAUCAAUAUACCGAAGGGCCUAAAGUUGAGAAGUACAAGGAGUUGCUAAGGAAGAAGACAGAGGCUCAAGGCGCUGAGUUCAUAUCGUACGAUCCAGUGAAAGGGGAGUGGAAAUUCAAGGUUGAACACUUCAGCAGGUAUAAUAUGGAAGAUAAUGAAGAAGAUUGGGAAUGAAUAAUGUUCAUCGUCCAUGAGGGAGCUUAUGCAAUACAAGUUUGUUGCUGUUUCCUGCUUUGUACUUUAGGGAUUUUGUGUUGACAUGUGCUUUGAAAUGAAAUGAAUCUGUAAAGAAAUAUGUUGAAGUAGUAAUGAAGUGCUAAGUUUGUUUCAUUUUUACUCUUAGUUAGAAGUCUGUAUUGGCCUUAAAGUUUGCUUUCUGUAGUUGAAAGGAUUUGUUCACAUUCAUUUGUGUUAUCGAUAAUGAUGUAACCCAGAUGGUUCUUUUUAAACUUUCAAUUUAAUACUUAGGUGCCAAAAUGUUUGUACA